CUAAACCAACUGAACAUUGUAGUAGAGGCCAAAGUUUUAGUUUUGUCCUGUAGAGCAAAGAUUUAAUUACAUUAAUUAUACACUCUUAUUAUGCAUGCUUGUAUAAACCGUGUUUUGCAGCUAUACAUAAUUAUCAUUGUGCACUAGUUGUGGCCUAAUGAUGUGGAGUCUAAUGUACAAUGUUUCGUUAUCAAAUGUGCGAAUGAUUUAUUGGAAUGUCUUCAGCACAUGUUUCUUUCAAACUCUUCACUCGUUGAGCUACAAUGUAGGUGUACAUGUGUUUACCUUGUGUUUGUGGUUGUUUCUUCAGAACUUUUCUUAUGGAAUGUUGCUGUGAAUAUUGUUACCAAUAAUUAUGACGUACGUCACCCCAUUUUUCUUCAAGCUCAAAAGGAAUUAAAAACAAACCUUACGAUAAUUCCCAAAGCCAUGGCUGAGAGAGUGACUACGAAAGAAGCUCUCAAGAAACUUGAUGCUCAACUCGAAUGCUCCCUUUGUCUCGACACUUUUAAGCAACCGAAACUCUUGCCUUGUUUUCAUGUGUUUUGCAAGUCCCCGUGUCUGGAGAAACUAGUGACCAAGGAUGGACGCUCCCUCACUUGUCCCACCUGUCGACACAUUGUCCCACUGUCAGAGAGGGGAGUGGCUGGACUGCAAUCAGACUUUCACAUCGACCACUUGUUUGAGAUACAAGAUGCUUUCAACAAGGCCGAAGACGACAAUGAUAAGAACUGUGGCAGCUGUGAGAAUGGCAGAGCCACCGGGUACUGUAACGACUGUGGGGACUUUUUGUGUGACAGGUGUCAAACUGCUCACAAAUUUGUUAAACUUUCAAAAAAUCAUAAACUAAUUUCGCUGGAUGAACUCAAAGCUCAAGUGACUAGCCUGGUUCCCCCCAAGAAGGCCGUCCCCCAUUGUCCCAAACACUCGGAGAAUGUCCUUAAGAUAUAUUGCGAUACAUGCUCCACUCUCAUUUGCAUGGACUGCACCAUUCGUAUCCACAAAGACCACAACUACGACCUGGUGGCUGAUGUGCUGACCAAGCACAAGGAAGAACUUGUCUCCAGUCUCAAACCAGUCAAAGAGAAGCUGGACAGUGUACAACGAGCUCUGAAGGACUUUGACACAAGAGCCAAGGCAAUCCACAAUCAGAGGGCCGCGAUUGAAGCCAACAUCCACAAGGAAAUUGACGAACAACAUCGACUGUUGGACCAACGAAGGACAGAGCUUGUGGGAGAGCUAGAGAUGCUGACUCAGCAAAAGCUUAAGGAUCUGGCGGCACAAAGGGACCAAGUGGAGAUCACUCAGGUGAAACUGACCAGCUGUCUGGAGUACACUGAGGGGGGUCUCAAAACAGGCACAGACGGUGAAGUACUCGAAAUGAAAUCUUCCGUUAUUAAGAGAGUCGAACAUUUUUCUACUGAAUUUGAAUCAAAUGCUAUUCAACCAGAGACAAGGGCUGACAUAGAACUGAUCACUAAAGGAAAAGAACCUCUCCAACAAGCUUAUCGAAAUUUUCUACAGAUUGAUCACAGUGGUUCAUUCAGCUUAGAGAACAGCCACACGACAGGAAAUGGUCUGAAAGGUGCUACAACUGGAGAAACAAAAACUGUGUCCUUUCAAGCAAUGACCAAGAAAAACAAGAAAUCCAAAAACAAACUCGACCUCAAAGCUGAACUUGUGCAUAUCGAAAGCAAAGAUAAAAGUAAAUGUGAAGUUGUGGUUGUUCGAAAACAUGGCCAAUACAAGAUCAACUAUCACCCUAUGAAACGAGGAAAGCAUGAACUACACAUCACUGUCAAUGGGGAUGCAGUACGAGGCAGUCCAUUCCCAAUAGCUGUAGCCCCAUCACCACAGAGCUUCGUCAAGCCUUCCCGAGUUGUGCGAGGUGUGAACAGCCCACGAGGCACUGUCUCCAACAAUAAGGGACAGUUGGUUGUUGUUGAAGGUGGUGGAGCUACUGUCUCUGUAUUGACACCGGAGGGUGAGAACAUACGAACAUUUGGAAAGCUGAGUAAUGCACAUGGAGUGACUGUGGACAAAGACAACAACAUGUAUGUGAUGGAGUAUGGCAAUCAUCGUGUGAACAAAUUCUCAUCUGACGGAGAGUUUGUGGCAGCUGUUGGUAGUCCAGGCAGUGGUAACCUUCAGUUUACUAACCCUGUUGGUAUAUGUUAUAACAGAAGAGACAACGACCUGUAUGUGGUUGAUCAGUGUAACCACAGAAUACAAGUGCUUUCUACUGAUUUGACGUUCAUACGAUGUUUCGGUACACGUGGCAAUGGGAACGGUCAAUUACAAAGCCCACUAUUUGCAGCAUUUGAUAGUGCCAACAACCUCUAUGUGACUGACCACGGUAACCAUCGAGUACAAGUCUUCACUGCUGAAGGUCAAUUUCUGGGAACCUUCUCACAAAAAGCCAACGGUCAGAAGCUAAGUCGUCCCUAUGCCAUAGCCAUCGACAGUAGUGACACAGUGUACGUCAGUGAGAAUGGACCGCAUCAUGUGAGUGUGUUCACAUCUCAGGGAGCCUACAUCACCACGUUUGGUGGACCAGGAACGAAAGAGGGACAGUUUUAUGGCAUUUAUGGACUCUCUAUUGAUCGCAAUGACUCUGUUGUUGUGUCCGAUCUGGACAAUGGGCGACUGCAGAUAUUCUAACGAAAUAAGUAGAGAAGUGGACAAAAUAGUAGCUCUGUGUAGAAAUAGUUGGUAGCGUUAUUAUUUUAUUUGGAAUGUGAAAGGAAACUAUUAUCUGUUGUGUUGA